ACCACCACUACCACCACUACCACCACUACCACCACUACCACCACUACCACCACUACCACCACUACCACCACUACCACCACUACCACUGCCACCACCCCAAACAUCCCCAUCCUGAAAGAACACCACCUCAACACAGCGACACAAACAACACACUCCACCCCCCUCCCACCCCCGAACGACAACGACUCCCAUCCGGAGUGUCGGCUUGAAAAAAACCCCUCAAUGGCGUCAAGCAGCAGCAAUGUCGUCGGUGUGCACUAUCGCGUCGGCAAGAAGAUUGGAGAGGGCUCCUUUGGUGUCAUAUUCGAAGGCACCAACCUGUUGAACAACCAGCAGGUCGCCAUCAAAUUCGAACCACGCAAGAGCGAUGCUCCUCAGCUGCGUGACGAGUACCGGACAUACAAGAUCUUGGUUGGAUGCCCGGGCAUCCCGAAUGUCUACUACUUUGGCCAGGAGGGCCUCCACAACAUCCUCGUUAUCGACCUGUUAGGUCCCUCCCUCGAGGACCUCUUCGACCACUGCAACAGACGCUUCUCGAUCAAGACUGUGGUAAUGGUGGCCAAGCAGAUGCUGUCGAGAGUCCAAACGAUCCACGAGAAGAACUUAAUCUACAGAGACAUCAAGCCAGACAACUUCCUGAUUGGCAGGCCAGGCUCCAAGGCGGCCAAUGUCAUCCACGUCGUCGACUUCGGCAUGGCCAAGCAAUACCGCGACCCGAAGACGAAGCAGCACAUCCCAUACCGUGAGCGGAAAUCUCUGUCCGGAACCGCACGUUACAUGUCCAUCAACACGCAUCUUGGACGCGAGCAAUCACGCCGUGACGAUUUAGAGGCCCUGGGACAUGUGUUCAUGUACUUCCUCCGUGGCGGUCUACCAUGGCAAGGCCUAAAGGCCGCCACUAACAAGCAAAAGUACGAGAAGAUCGGUGAAAAGAAGCAGACAACGCCCAUCCCCGAGCUCUGCAACGGAUUCCCGGAGGAGCUCAACAAGUACCUCAGCUACGUGCGCAACCUCGGCUUCGAAGACACCCCCGACUACGACUACCUGCGCGACCUCUUCACGCAAGCCCUCAAGGGCAGCGGCGAGAUCGAAGACGGCGAGUACGACUGGAUGAAGCUCAACAACGGCAAAGGCUGGGAGGCAACCAAACAGCACCAGUCCCAGCAUUUAAUGCACCAAGCCAACGUCGCGCAGGGCGCCUCGAACCGCGAGCUCCACGGCACGACACGCGUGACGGGCUCGACCCCGGGUCACCUCACCGCCGCCCGUUUAAACGCCGCGCAGCCCCCGCCCCCGUCGCCCGCCAAGGCCGGGCUGGGGAAGCUGCGCGACCGCGACCAGCCAAGCGGGCCCGGACGGCUGGCGCCGAAGCGCGCGAGCGGCGCCGCGGGGCACGGGGGCGAGCUGACGCCGGCGGGGUCGACGCAGGCGCAGUUCCAGAACUCGAGCAAUAACCUACCGCAGCGUACGUUGCAGCAGCCGAAUAUGAUUGCGCAGCAGAUGGGGAAUGGACGGGUGGAGGAGGAGGCGCAGCCGCAGGGGUUUCAGAAGUUUUUGAAGACGAUAUGUUGUAGAUGAUCGACCCUAUGACUCUAGAGAACCCGGAAAAAUCGCAAUGAAAUGUAUAAUGCCGUCCUCACCACCCAUUACAUCCCCGUCCUACGCGGCAGAUCCAGUUUGAUCUGGUCCCAAAACCCAACUCGCCGGACCAGAACCCGCCGGACCAGGGGAAGAAACAAGGCGACACCACACACACACAAACAAACCAAACUUUCAUAUCUCUGUUGUGCGUUCCUUUGCAUGUCUGGGCGGCGGCGCGCGUGCGACUUUCAUCUCGGCAUUAUAUGGACGCGUUGGGGGCAUGGGUGGAGCGUGUACACCUUUUAUCUCUCUCACACUUGUUUCUCCAAAAGUGCAGAUUCGCCUCGCACAGACAAACGCUCUACGCAUUUCCUAGCCCCAUCAAUCUCGUUCAGUCAGCGUCGUCGACAUUCAGCACCCAGACGUCCUUGGACGCACCCGCGAGGACAGAGUGGCUGACAACCCGCCAUAAUCGGGAGGAGGGGGGAGGAAUGCGGAAGGACGGCUUAAUAUAUCUGUCUCUAUCUCUCUGUUUUCCUUCACCCCCCUUCAAGCCAAAAGUUCAUUGUCGGAAAGCGCGCCGGGUGUUGCUUUGCGAACACCCAACAUACAAUCUCAUCUCUCUCUCUCUCUCUUUCUCUCUCUCUUUCAACUUGCGUCAUAUCAGAGCGCGGGUGUCAGGUGUCGUGGGGUUAUAGCGGGUGUUUUUCUCGUCUGUUUUAUUUUUCUUUGUUGUUUUCGUUGAAAGCUUAAUGUGAGGGGGCGUGGAAUGGUAGAGGGGG